CAGUGUCCACGAUCCACACCCUCCACACAAGAAUCAUAGGAUAGAUAACAUCACACACAGUGGUGUCGUCACGUAGCCCAGCAAGGUUGUAGAAGACAGCUCACACAGUCUGCCACGUGUCACUGACCCAUUUCCGGGUGUACAGUGCACCCAUUCGCAUAUUAAUACCGACGCAGCCCAAACAGACCCUCCUUCCUUCCCUCCCUUCCCCACUAUAAUUAUUUCUGCACUACUAGAACCACCACAAGCUAAGCCAAACCAGCUAUAUAGAAAGAGAGAGUGAGUUUUUUUUUUUAUCAGCAAGAGAGAGAGAGAGAGAGAGAGAGAGAGAGAUUAAUAAUCAAGAGUUAAGGGUGUAAUUAAGGUGAUCAUUAUCUUCAGAUGGGGUUUGAAGAGACGGAGCUGAGGCUAGGGUUACCAGGAAAUGGUGGAAGCCAUGAAGGAGAUCAAGCGGCAGCGGUGACGAUGAGGAAGAGAGGGUUCUCUGAAACUGAGAGCAGUGAGGAUGAGAUCAGCUGUGAGACAAGCUGUGUGGAUUUGAAGCUUAACCUUUCUAAUUCUAAGGAGCAGGCAAUAACUACUGGGAAAGAUGUAACUGAAAAGUCCAAGACCAACAAGGACAACAAACUUGAUCUCCCAGCUGCUGAUCCUGCAAAGCCUCCAGCCAAGGCACAAGUUGUGGGCUGGCCACCGGUGCGAUCGUUCCGAAAGAACAUGUUCACGGCGUUGCAGAAGAGCCCGAGUGAUAAAGAAAGUGAGCACAACAAGGGCAGCAGCAAUGCAGUGACGUUGGUGAAGGUGAGCAUGGAUGGCGCACCCUACCUUCGCAAAGUGGACUUGAAGAUGUACAAGAGUUACCCUGAGCUCUCUGAUGCCCUAGCCAAAAUGUUCAGCUCCUUCGCCAUCGGAAACUGUGGAUCCCAAGGAAUGAAGGAUUUCAUGAAUGAAAGCAAGCUGAUGGAUGUGCUCAAGGGUUCUGAUUACAUUCCAACAUAUGAAGACAAGGAUGGUGAUUGGAUGCUGGUUGGCGAUGUCCCAUGGGAGAUGUUUGUUGAAUCAUGCAAGAGAUUGCGCAUAAUGAAGGGCAAAGAGGCUGUUGGGCUGGCACCAAGGGCCAUGGAGAAAUGCAAGAACAGAAGCUAAAAGCACUUAGCAAUGAAUCACCACAGCCUGCUCCUUUGAUCUCGUCGCGGUGGCUGCAAUAAACCAAAACCACCAAACACGGCGCAACGCGCAGAUGGAUUGAGCAGCAUGUUUGGGUGAUGAAAUGGAUAUGUUUGUUUGUAAGAUUGAUUAAUUAAUGUUUAUGGUUUGAUAUAUGUGUAAUUAUUGAAUAUGAGAUACAUAUAUUUUGAGCUUAUUUAUUUUUAAUCAUGGCCAGACAGAACCAUUAAAACUGGAUCUUAAGUUUGAAGUACGUCCAAGGACGGGGCUUGGGGUUUGCUUUGUUUAGUGUUGCAAUAAUGGCUUGCUUAAGCAUAAUAAUGUAACGUACCAGUUAAUUAAUUUUGUUGUAUUUAAGUAAUGUGUGUUGUUCUUAA